CCGGGACGGUCGGUGGGGGGCUGUCUCAGUGAAGAAAAGAAAUGGCGAUGCUCGGAGGGUUUAGCGCAGCACAGCACAAGAAAAACGUCUCUGACGGGAGCAGCGACAUGUCAGAAUUUGUCUGUCCAGUCUGCCUUGAAAUUUUCGACAGUCCUGUAAAGACACAAUGCGGCCAUACGUUUUGCCAGAGUUGUCUGCAGGAGUGUUUGCGUCCACAGAAGCCUGUCUGCGCUGUAUGUAGGGCCUCGCUGGGCCAAAACUGGACUAAAGCUGCUGAACUAGAGGCCCUCAUCCAAUCAUCUGUGGCGGCUUGCAAGGGGUGUGGAGCUCAGAUUGGCCUUUCUCAGAUGAGAAGCCACACAGCUGCCUGUUCAAAAUACCAGGACUACAUUGAGGAGGGAGUUAGGACCACUGCCCAGACCCAGCCUGCCAUCAUCAGUCCAGUGCCAAAUCGCUACACCUUCACCUGCCCAUACUGCAACUGCCAGAACCUCGAUCAGGACGGCCUAGUUGAACACUGCACUUCCCAGCAUGCUCGAGAUGCACGCCAAGUAGUAUGCCCCAUCUGUGCCUCAAUGCCUUGGGGGGACCCUAACUACAGGAGUGCUGACUUUUUCCAGCACCUGAAGAUCAGACACACCUUCUCCUAUGAUACUUUUGUUGACUACUCCACAGAUGAGCACACAAUGAUCCAGGAGGCUCUACAACGCUCCCUUUUGGACAACUGAAGUGUGAGGAACAAUCCACCAGAAGAAAGAUCCAGUGAAGUGAAGGGGAGAUGGUGACGUGAAGUCUUUUGAAGACAGAAUACCACACUUUAUCAUCAUUCAUCUAUCAUGAGGAUGGUGGUACUACAUUGCUGUGGGUAAUCAGUUUCACACGGGAUUGGUAUUGUAACUAUGAAUCUAUAGGUUUAUUAUUAAGAUAAUAAAUCACGCAAUAUGGUUAAAAAAAGCAUAUUGUACUGUCUGAUUUAGGAGUGAUACUGUGUUUCUGGUGUGAUAAUCUCUUACCUUCCCCCAGUUGAGUCUGUAGAUUUGAUAGUUUGUUGAAUAUCUACUAAACUAUGUUUAUUAAGCUGUUCGUUCAUUUAUGACAUGGUGUCAUAUAGCCAAAAAUUCCAAAGUUGUAAUUAAAAUUCCCUGUUGUCAAUACUUGAUGUUAUAAAAGGGUUUGACCACUAGGUGGCUAACUAUUGCCAGCAAACAACAAACUUCACCCAGUGAAGUCAUCAGUCAAGUAAUGUUAACAAUAAUAUAUAAUAAUCUGCUCAAGAGUGACGAUGCAUGUUUACUCUCAAAAGAGGGGAAUUUGUUUUUUUGUUUCUGAGUUCAUUAGGAGAUGUCUUUUUUAUGCUGUUUCUGGGUGAAGUGUGUGUGUGUAUGUAUGUGUGUGAGAGAGAGUAUGUGUUUGUUCUGUUUUCAGAGAUCUACUGGAAAGAAUAAAUAAUACGAGGGUCAAACAAAGCCAGAGAUGGCUGUUUGCUUUAUUGUAAUGUUUCUCCCUUAUGUCUUUGUGCCUGCUGGUAGAUCUUGUUUCUGACUUCCAAAACUCAUAGGGCUAACACUUCAUCCGGUGAACCAAAACAUGCAAAUAGGAGACCAUCAGUGUGUCAAAACUGGUCAGUUAUGUGAGUUUUUUUUUUUUUUUUUUUUUUUUUCAUGUGGCGAAACUUUCUUUGCAUGUUUAUAGCCAUAGGAGGGCAGUAGAGUUCCACCGUUCUCUGGCCACCCAUGACAGCCGCUGACCCUCACCAGCCUCCUGGCUCUGUUGCAAGACAUAAUUCAACACAGAUUUCAUGCUAUAAAUGUGCUUUACUCAGUGUGUUGUUCUCCGACUUUUUUAACUGGGUUUUGUGCAUCAAAUGCAGCAUGCAAAAAUUUCACUGGAAACUGAGGGUUUUUUUUGGGGGGGGGGGGUUCAUUGGUUAUAAUUUUAACAGAAUAACCAUAACUUCACUUCACAUGACAUUAUAUGACUUUUAACUGUAACUUACUGUCGUGCAUUUUCUUUUUCAUGCCCAGUGUUCACAGUGUCUACUGGUUCUCAUCUUUCUUAAUAUCACUGCCAACAGUUCUGAAAAAAAAUCAGCAUAGUUAUUUGUAUGCUUCCAAAUACUGGCAGCAUGUGAAGUAACAAAGAAUUUGUUUGACUUCAAUUGAUUUUUGCUGGAUGUUUUUGUUUUGGUUCUUAUAUUGUGAAUUGUGUCUAUUAUUUUACACCAGUGUUGUUUUCCAAUGACUUGUAAUUGUCACAAAUCAACCAUAUACAGUAGUGCAAAUCUUCACACACAGUUGCAUUGCAUUUGUCUUCUACCAACGGGUAAAUAAAACUGCAUACACCCAGAUCAAGUAGCUCUAGAGCAGAACCUUAAUGCCUUUUCACGUAGUCUUUGGUGCCACUUGGGCCUAGAUGUUCGUUUCUCUCUCCAGUAAAAUGUGUAAUAAUUUUGUAUGUGUUUCUCAUGUAUAAUGAGCUUUUUUUUUUUCUUUCUCAAUAUAUCUCUCAUUCUCUUUUGUCAGCCCUAUUGUCAAGGGGUGCUAAAUCCUGAUAAAUUAAAGCUCUUUAAUUAUUUAAACCCUG